AUGUCUUCCCCCAAAUAUGAGAAGCCGGAGGUGGUCUCCAUCUCCCCUCUUCUCCAACGCCUGGCAUACCCCGCUACCGCGGAUAUUCGAGUCAGCGCAGAGGACAUUGCGUCCGCAUUUGCUCUGAUCUUCGAGGACCGAUUGUCAGAUAUUCAGACCGCAGCCCUCCUCACCCUGCUGCACUCCACAGGAAAGGACAGGCAGGCUGAUGUCAUUGCGAAAUGUUCCCACCGCAUGAGAGAGGCAGCUUGCCAGAUUAAGAAGACCGAGCUGAAGAAGAUUGUCAAAGCUCGUGGAAGGCGCGAAGGAAACUACCAUGGCGGUUUGUGCGACAUCGUCGGAACCGGCGGAGAUUCACACUCGACCUUCAACGUCUCCACUACCUCUUCCAUUAUUGCCUCGCCGCUGUUGAUGUCGGCCAAGCAUGGCAACCGUGCCCAAACCUCUUUCUCUGGCUCUGCCGAUGUCCUGAACGCGAUCCAGCCCAUCCCUCCCAAGAUCUCCGCAGUCAACGCGACCAACGUGGCCAAGGUCUACGAGAGAACCAAUUAUGCCUUCCUCUUCGCCCCCAACUUCCACCCCGGUAUGAUGUACGCCAACCCAGUCCGACGUGGUCUGGGCUUGAGGACGAUCUUCAACCUAAUGGGACCUCUGGCCAACCCUAUCGAUUGGGCAAUUGAGGCACGAGUAGUCGGUGUGGCUUACCAAAGCCUGGGUCCAGUUUUUGUCGAUGCUCUCCGACAAGCCGGUGCCAAGAAGGCACUGGUUGUCUGUGGCGAGGAGGACAUGGAUGAGAUCAGUUGCGCAGGCCCUACAAACUGCUGGAGGCUCUCAGAGUACCCCAACCCAGCGUACAAGCCCUCCGAAGGUGACGACGAGGACUCGAGCGAUGGUGAAGAAGAAAACCCCAAGACACUAGUCAAGGUCGAUACCUUUCAACUCCACCCCUCAGACUUUGGUUUGCCUGUUCACCCUCUCACCGAGGUCUAUGGUCGCAAGAUGCCGAAGGAUAACGCGGCUAAGCUCAUGAGCAUCCUCCGCAACGAGCUUCCUCGGGACGAUCCUAUUCUGGAGUUUGUGCUCAUGAACGUUGCUGGUUUGCUGGUCACCUCUGGUAUCUGCGAGGCUGACACUAGCAACAUGGGUGCUGGCGACGAUGGCAAGGUAAUCACCGAGCGCGGCCCUGGCGGAGGCCGCUGGAAGGAGGGCUUGCGCCGCGCCCGCUGGGCUAUCGAAAGUGGCGAGGCUCUCAAGAGUCUAGAGCAGUUCAUUGCAGUCACAAAUGAGCUGGAAUAA